AUGGCUGAUCAGGCGAUUCUGAGAGUGGACUGGAAAAGAAAGGCAAUGCAUUUGAAUUCAAAGUUGGAGGAUCGGGUGGUAGCCGUCUACAACCAGUGGGCUGAGAAGCACCGGUUUCAGAUUGGUGACAGCUUACUGUUUGUGUAUGAUGCGGACCAUGACUCAGUGCUACAUGUAACAAAGGAUGACUACACAAAUUGCAAUACUGCUGCACCUCUUGAAAAGUUCAGUGAUGGGCACACUGUGUUCGCUUUCAAUCAAUCAGGGCCGUAUUACUUCAUAAGUGGGGUGGCUGAUAACUGCCAUAAAAAUGAAAAGUUGGUAGUAGUCGUCAUGGCGGAUAGAAGCCAGCGUAACUCUAAUCAACCGGUGUCUUCUCCCCCUCCACCUCCUCCGCAGGAGUCGUCUCCUCCCAAGAACGCUGCUUCUUCAUCUAUUGCUGGUAUUCUUGGUACCAUUGCAGCUUUCCUCGGUUCGUCACUUUUAUCCAUUAUUUGAUGUGGAUGUUUGAGUGGAAAAAGAUGGAUUCUAAUUUUUCUUGUUUUUUCCUUGGUUUGGGUAUAUUUGAAGUUUUUUUGGCUUGUUCUCUUUGUUGUCUGUUGAUCAAAGAAAGAAUGUAAAUAGAUUUUCUCUGUAUGGACCGAUUAUUUGUUUGAGGCCAUUGACAAAUAAGGCCAUUGCCAUGUUUGUUCAUUAUCUACAGUUUACAAGUGGAAAUAAAAUGUUGUGUGAUACUGGUUUGAUGCAGUUCACUUUUUAUCUUA